AUGGCGGGCGCCCCCGGCCCAAUUCGACGGGCAUGGUACCAGUGGAAGAUGAAGCGCUUCCCAUGGCGCAAGAAGUGGCUUGUUGGCUUCGAUCUCCAUGGCAACACCUUUUGGGAAUUCAAAGACGCCCUGCACGCCCUGCGCAACCGCCGGAUCGCCAAAUUCCACCGCAGCACGCACUAUGGCGACGUAGAAGUCUCGCCCGCAUGGAUGCAAUGGCUGCGUCAUAUUCGCCACGAGCCGCCCUCGGUCGCGGAACAGCGCUUGGAUUUGCAGCGCCAGGAACGCAUCAAACAGCUUGCUGCACAGGCGGAUGCACGGUGGGCUGCGAAGCCGUCGGCCCUGGAUGCGCCGGAUAAAGGACAGCCGGUGCAGAUGUUGCAGUCGCGGGAUUCGGAGAGUGGUGUGGCGCAGGUGGAUGCGCAGCAGCAAGGGGGAGAGAUAUCGCAGGAAACUGAACAACGGCAAGGAGGAGAAAUAUCGCAAGAAACCGACCAACAGCAAAGUCAAAAGUCAGCGGCAGACAGUCUAUCAAACUCGCAAGAAGCACAACCUCAAAUACCCCAAGACCCCGCUGUCCCACCAACCAAGGACGAGGAUCUAUUCGUCGCAAAGAAGAAACUUCGAAAAGAACCCAAGAACCCCAAAGACUCACCCUGGAACCAAGCCUCCCAGGCCCAGGAAUGGCAGCCACAGGGUUGGAGUCCCGCGCCCGCAAAGAGAAAGACAUGA